CUUAUCAAACGCCGUAAUCUAUUCUCUCUGAGAAAUCCCAGAACCUUCUCUCUCUCUCUCCAAAACCCCUACCAGCGACAGCGAGCCGAUUCGAGGUUUAAGCAACUAGUCCCCACUCUUCCAAACCCACCUAAUAAUGGCUCCCGAUGCUUCUGUUGCCCUAGCAGUGAGGCAAAAGGUUGAACAGUUACUGAAUGCCGCUCGCACCGGAAAUCUCGAUCUCUUCAAGAAAUUGGCAGCGCAGCUGGACGACGGGAAUGGGUUGGCGCAAACCGUGGCCGAUGUGAAGGACGCUAACAAGAGAGGAGCUCUUCAUUUUGCUGCGAGGGAAGGACAGACCGAGGUCUGCAAGUACUUGGUCGAGGAGUUGAAACUCAAUGUGGAUACUAAAGACGAGGACGGUGAGACUCCUCUUCUUCAUGCUGCUCGGCAAGGGCAUAUUACCACGGUCAAAUACCUUAUCGAGUGUGGUGCAAAUGCUAAUAUACCCAGUGAGCUGGGAGCUACAGCUCUGCAUCAUGCCGCUGGAAUAGGAGAUAUUGAGUUGAUGAGGUUCUUACUUUCCAAAGGUGUAGACAUUGAUUCGCAAAGUGAUGCUGGUACUCCUCUGAUUUGGGCUGCUGGUCAUGCUCAACAAGAUGCUGUGAAAGUACUGCUAGAACACCACACUGAUCCUAAUGCUGAAACAGAGGAUGGUAUCACUCCACUGUUGUCAUCUGUAGCAGCAGGUUCACUGGCAUGCUUAGAGUUGUUGAUUCAGGCAGGGGCUAAAGUGAAUAUUACUGCAGGUGGGGCAACCCCUUUGCACAUUGCUGCGGAUAACGGGAGUCCAGAAAUAAUAAACUCCUUAUUAAAAGCUGGAGCUGAUGCCAAUGCAACUGAUGAGGACGGGUUAAAGCCCGUGCAGGUUGCAGCUGCUAGAGGUAAUAGAAAGGCUGUUGAGAUUCUUUUUCCGUUAACUUCAAAAAUUCAAAGUGUUCCAGAGUGGAAUGUUGAUGGAAUACUUGAACAUAUGCAAUCUGAAACUGGAAAAGAACAGGAAGAGACAAAGGAAGAUAAACUGCUGAGAGAUGCUGCCACUUCAAAGCAAGCUAUGCCUGAGCCGACUCCUGAGGCAAAGAAGAAAGCUGCAGAAGCAAAAUUUAGAGGAGAAGAUGCAUUCAAGCAGAAGGACUAUUUGAUGGCCGUUGAUGCUUACACACAGGCAAUUGAUUUUGAUCCUACCGAUGCUAUUUUUCUCUCCAAUAGAAGUCUCUGCUGGAUUCGUUUGGGACAAGCGGAGCAUGCCUUGUCUGAUGCAAAGGCUUGCAGAGCACUAAGACCGGAUUGGCCAAAGGCGUGCUACCGGGAAGGCGUAGCUUUACGUCUAUUACAGAAGUUCGAUGAGGCAGCCAAUGCUUUUUAUGAGGGUGUGACGCUCGACCCCGAGAAUAAGGAGCUUGUAAAUGCUUUCAGGGAUGCUGUAGAAGCUGGGAAGAAGUUUCAUGGUACAGACCAGCAAAAAUCAUAGCUCUUCACAAUGUACAUCAAAGAAAAGAGAAGGUGGACUGACACUUCAGUUCGAAGAAUACGCAGUUUUGUUCUCAGCGUUUUCUACUUUUUUUCAGAACCCCUGUAAAAUUACUACUCGGGCUUGUGAGGAGAUUGUCUACUUGUAGAAAACCAGGUCAAUACUGUUUUACUGUUAUUUUAUUUACUUUCACUAAAUCCGUAUUAUGCUCCUCUCGUUAGAUACUCGACAGCCAAUUCGGCAUUCAUAUCUCGACAUAGUUUUGUUUA